AUGAGAACUGUGGCCUUAACGGUCAAGAGAUCUGAGACGAUAAAAGAUCUUAAAGCACUGUUAUGUGAGAAGUAUGGAUUUCCAGAAAAUCAUCAGGAGCUCUUCUUGGGUGGUGAUAUGCUCGUGGACUGCCAAAGUCUAGUUGACUGUGGAGUUCAGAGGGACUCCACUGUUCAUCUUGUUAUCCAGAAUACUGUCUGGAUCAAAUUAUUUGUCAAACUACCAUCAAGUCAGUGCACCAUUGAGAUUGAAGCAAAAGCUCAUGACACCAUCCGAAACAUCAAGGCCAUGAUUCAGGCCAAGAAGAUGAUUCCAUCGGAUCGGUUUACUCUUUUAUAUGGUGGAGAAUUACUUGAAGAGGACAGCACUCUGACCUCAUUAGGUAUCAAUAACAUGUCAACCCUGCAAAUGAUUUAUGCUCCUAAAGAUGUCCUUUCAGUAUCUGUGAAAUCACCAUCAGCAAAGACUGUUAAACUCAAGGUUAGAGCCUUGUUCACUGUCAAUGAUGUCAAAAACAUAGUUGGGAACACUUUAGGUGUCUCAGUCAGUUAUCAGAAUCUGAUCUAUGCCGGAAAUCAGCUUGAGGAUCUCAAGACAUUGGCUUUUUAUGACAUCAGGGAUGAAUACGUAUUGGAGAUGUCACCUCGUUUGUUUCAGAUAUUUGUUAAAGUUUUUGAUGGCAGAACCCUAACUAUUGAUGUGAAGCAGUCUGAUGUUGUUGAAGAUGUGAAGGUCAAGGUUUUUCGCAAGCUUGAAAUGUCUACGAAGCCUUAUUAUUAUUGUAGGCUUUUGUUUGGUGGGAAAUUUCUUGUUAAUGGUCGGGAUCUAGCAAGCUACAACAUACAGAAGGACUCCACCCUUAGUUUGGUUCUGUCAACAAACGUUGUCUAG